GAAAAUGGAAAUACCGAAAGGCCAGAACGUUGUGAACUCCGGCGGCCGGAGCGUGGUGUAUGAGCUGCCGCUAGGUGAAGCUGCCGCCACCUUCAACCUACAUAAGGCAGUAUGCAGCCACGGUUUUUUCAUGACCGCCCCAAACCACUGGGACCCUCUCUCAAAAACCCUCCGACGGCCUUUACGCCUCCUAGAUUCUUCUUCAUCCUCCGUUACCGUGCAAAUUUCUCAACCGCCUCAUUCCUCACAUCUACUUCUCCGUGUAUUCGACACCGAAUCUCUCUCUCUUGGACAUCAGCAAUCGUUAAUGGAGCAAGUGAGGAGAAUGCUACGUUUGUCAGAGGAAGAGGAGAAAACUGUAAGGGAGUUUCAAGAGAUAUAUGGUGAAGCAAAAGAAUCAGGUUUUGGGAGAAUCUUCAGGUCUCCAACACUGUUUGAAGACAUGGUUAAGUGCAUUCUUGUGUGCAAUUGCCAGUGGUCCAGAACUUUGAGCAUGGCGAGGGCCCUUUGUGAGCUUCAGCUGGAGCUGCAGCGCCCUAUGGUCACAGAAGAUGAUAAAUGCACAAGUCGUACCAUUAUGAAGACACAGUUUUCUCCAAAAACUCCUGCAGGAAAAGAGGCAAUCAAACGUAAGAGCAAAUCGCAAGAAAAAUCAAGAAAAGUAGCAAAAAGGUGUGCAGAGGUUAAAUCAGCAAUGGAAGCAGAUGCAACCUUAAUGGUAGAAACUGAUAAGGAGUCAAAUCAGAAACGCGAUUCCUGUGUCAAGACACUGGAAGCAAUUUUUCCGGAUUUUGUCGAUGAGAAGCCCAAAUUGGGCGACCACAGUGGCAUUGGAAACUUUCCUAGCCCGAAAGAACUAGCAAACCUUGAUGUAAAUUUCCUAAAAAAGCGCGGCAAUCUUGGUUAUAGAGCAAAUCGCAUAUUGGAUCUUGCUCAAAGUGUUGUGGAAGGUACAAUUCAACUUGGGCAACUUGAACAAGAUUCAUCUUUAUCCAAUUACAUCAACCUGAAUGAGCAGCUGGGAAAGAUUAAUGGUUUUGGUCCUUUUACAUGUGCCAAUGUACUCAUGUGCAUGGGAUUUUACCAUGUAAUUCCAUCAGAUUCUGAAACAAUAAGGCAUUUAAAUCAGGUCCACGGAAAGAAGUCGACAAUUAAAAGCAUCCAACAUGAUAUCGAAAUGAUUUAUACCAAGUAUGCGCCGUUUCAGUUCUUGGUGUACUGGUCAGAAAUAUGGUCUUUUUAUGAAGAAAGAUUUGGGAAGCUGAGUGAAUUGCCUAACUCUGAUUAUAAACUCAUAACGGCUGCGAAUAUGAGAGGCAAGGCUGGUAUACGCUGAGGAGGUAAAAUAUUAUGAUGAAAUUACUCAUUGUACGACUAAAUGUGGAUGUUAAUGAUCGACAAAAUGCAUCAAAGUACAAGAAGUUUGCCUUCGUUACUAUUUAGUGUCUUCUUUGCUGUAACCCUUUUGUAUACGAAAAAGCAAAGACCAUACGUGAAGAUGCCAAAUAUGUCUUUUUUGCUAUAACCACUUCGUAAACAGGUAUACAUUUGUCAUAUCAACUGUAACAAGACCAACAGGAUACUGG